AUGACAAGCACCCAAAUCACAACCCGCCACGCCUUUCGUCGAACCGACAACUAUACCGCCGGCGCACCAAAAUUAAAGCUCGUGGAAGAGCCUCUCCCACUGCCUCUCGCACCAACCUCGGCCCUGGUCAAAGUUCACGCGGUUUCCCUCAACUAUCGCGAUGCCAACAUCGCCAACGGGGGUAACCCGUGGCCGGUCCUACCGAACGGGAUCCUCGGUAACGACGCAGCAGGUGAAGUAGUCGUGGUGGGAAACAAGGUGAAGACGUUGUUUGUUGGAGAUAGAGUCGCUCCUAUAACUGACACGGUCAAUAUGUCCGGGCGAGAGGUGGGCCGGUCGUGGCUUGCCGCUGAUGAGGAUGGGGUUCUGGCGGAUUAUGUGGUGUUCGAUGAAGAAAAGCUGUGUAAACUCCCAACAUAUCUAGACUGGGUCGCUGCUGCGAUUAUUCCCUGUGCGGGAGUUACCGCGUGGGCGGCGUUAAGUGGGAUGAGUGUUGGGAAGACUGUCUUGAUCCAAGGUACUGGAGGAGUGAGUGUGUUUGCACUUAAGCUUGCUCGCGCAGCUGGCCUGCGAGUCAUCCUCACCUCCUCGAGCGACGACAAGCUGCAAAUGAUGAAAGAGAAAUUCGCAAGCCCGCCGCUCUUGACGGUCAACUAUAGACACCCAGGCUGGCACGAGGAGGUUCUGAGCUUGACCCAGGAAGUUGGCGUGGACAUUGUGGUUGAAAACGGUGGCACGGGGUCGCUAGUCAAGAGCAUCAAGUGUACACGACGCGGCGGAAUCGUCAGCCAGGUUGGGUAUCUUGGGAAGCAGGAUGCCUGCGACCUUGCCGAGCUUGUGCCAACCAUUAUUGACCGGAGGGUCAUACUCAGAGGAAUCAAUGCUGGGUCAAAGUACGAUAUGGAGGAUCUGUGUGCGGCCCUCUCGGCCACGCAGAUGCCGCUGGAUGAUUUGAUUGACACCGUGUUUCCAUUCCAGCAAGCGGAGGAGGCGAUUGAGUGUAUCUGGCAGGGGAAGCAGAUUGGGAAGCUUGUACUUCGGCUUUAG